AUGCUGGAAAUCUUCAAUGGUCAACGCAAUAUUGGUGUUUCUGAAGGGAAGUUGAAAAGAUUUAUGAAGAGAAAUGAAAUACAUUUGAUUACGGAGGACUGUCAAUCAAUUUUAGGCUAUUUCGACUCCAUCCGAUCCAAGGAUCCUGGCUUUAUUUAUUCCAUUAAUUUGUCUAAUAACGGAAGCCUCAAUGGAAUUUUUUGGGUUGACAGCGAAGCGAGGUCUUCUUAUAAAUUGUUUGGUGAUGUUGUCGUGUUUGACACUACGUAUAAGAAGAAUCGGUAUAGGUGGUCGUUUGGUCCUUUCACAGGAGUGAAUAACCAUGGGCAGUCUACUAUAUUUAGAGGUGGUUUGAUUGCUAAUGAAAUUAAGGAGUCGUUUGAGUGGUUGUUCAGGGCGUGGUUGGAUGGAAUGGGAGAGAAGGAACCAAAAGCCAUUAUUACUGAUGAGUGUACCGGUAUUGUACCCGUUGUGGCGAGUGUUUUUCCCAAGAAGGACAACUAUUGGUUGAGGGACAAGUUUGAUCAGAAGGAGCACUGGGUGCUAUGUUAUUUGAAGAAGCCUUUUUUUGCGGGGAUGAACUCUACACAAUGUAGUGAGGGGAUGAACAGUUACUUCCAAGGUUAUUUUAAGGGCACGAUGACGCUGUAUAAAUUUGUUAAGCAAUACGAAAAGGCUAUUGCUAGGCACAGAGAGAAAGAAUCUGAGGCAGAGUUGAGAACAUGUACACAAUUACCUCAAUUAUCUUCACAACAUCCUCGGGAAGAGCAUGCAGGUAAAGUUUACACACGGAGGAUCUUUGAUAUUUUUAAGAAAGAAUUCAUUUCUAGCGUAAUCCUUUCUGCCAAGGAGGAAUUAAACGAGGCAGGAGUUCAUUCAUUUUAUGUUGGUCCAUUUAAUGUCCCAAUUGAGCAUAGAUGCAAGGUGAUUUACGAAGAAUCAAAAGAGGUGGUGCAAUGUGGAUGUCGUUUAUUUGAGUUUAUGGGUGUACUAUGUAAGCAUGUGUUGAAGGUUCUACAGAUAUUAGAUUGUGAUGCAAUUCCAGCGAAGUACAUUCUACCAAGGUAG